AUGCUGCACCAAGUCCGUGCGCCGAGCCCGUUCGACGCGGCAAGCCUCCCCCCGCGCGGCAGCUCGAUCGCGGCCGCCGUCGCCGCGGCCGCUGCAUCGACAUCAACAGGCAUCAAGCGCUCGUCGAGCGUGCCCCGCAUGCCGCCGGCCGUCACGCCCCAGCCCCGCACCGCGUCACAUCCGCCCAUCUCGACGGCGUCCCGAAACGACCUCUUCAACACGGCCUGGGACGCGCCCACCCCGCCGCCCCCGCCGCGCCUCGACGUCUCGCUGCCGUCCCGCCGCAGCCGCACCCCGCCCCCGCCCGUCGUCGUCGACCAUAUCCCGCUCGCCACUAGCCCCGCGAGCCUCCCCACAUCCCCGGGUUACCUCUCCGCCGCGCCGUCCCCCACCUCGCCGCUUCGCCAUAGCCACACAGCAACAGCGCCUGCCGCGACAACAAUAUCAAAAACGUCGAGCUUCUUCGCGUCCGCAGCGGCAGACACGCCCCCGCCAGCGCCAAAGCUCGCGCCGCCGGGUAUCGGCUUAGGGCCGGCACCUACCCCAUCGCCGUUAUCGCUCAGCCGCGCGAGUUCGCUUCGCGCAAGGACAUUACCCAGCCUCCCGUCGCCUCCCCCGCCGCCAGACGACGCAGCGGCACACGACGCGCUCUCCCCGCUCCACCAGAGCCCGAGCUUGCCCAGCACGUCGACGAGUGCUACCUGGCAGCCGCCGCGGCCCCCAAACGCAGACGACAUCCAGCUCAGGCUGUACCCCGAGCCGGCGUACCUCCUCGGCGAGGGGCGCUACGCGCGGGCGUACCUCGGGUCGUACAAGCGCGUGGGGCGGUCCGGCGGCUGGACGCUGUGCGCUGCGAAGCGGCUGGCCGCCGACCGCGAGUCGCAGACCAUGGGCCUGCGCGAGGCCUUCUUCCUCAACCGGCUCAAGGGGGAGCCGGCGGCGCGCGCGACCAGCCCGUUGAGGGAACGCGCGCACCAGCGCCAACGCCAGAACGCCCGAGGACGCGUGUAUGUCGUCAAGUUGAUUGCUGUCAAGGAGGACGGCGGGGACGAGGCGCCGCAGCGCGCGCAUACGCGCUCGGCCAGCGACCAGGUCGACGGCGCACCGACAACCCCGUCCCGUGCCCUCCGGCACCGGAGCAGCACAAUCUAUGCGAAUGGGCGGCAGAGCGUGGAUCUUGAAGCUGCGCUGCCGGCGCCGACGGCUAACGUCUCGCGGCUGGUCCUCGUUCUUGAGCAUGCGCCGCUGGGAUCCCUCGACAGGCUGCUCCGCACCUCGCCUGAUCUAGUAGGUCCCGAGCUGUGGGGCCGCUGGGCGCGCGAGGCAGCGGAAGCCCUCGAGUGGGUGCACUCGCGCGGCGUGGUGCACGCCGACGUCAAGCCGUCAAACCUGCUGCUCACCGACGACCUGCACCUCCGCCUGAGCGACUUUGGCUCGUCGCUCCUCAUCCACCCGGCGCACCCGCCAACCGACGGCGUCGGCCUCGGCACGCUGCCCUUCUCGCCGCCCGAGCUCGUCGACCCCGCCGCGCCCUUCUCCUUCCCCAUCGACGUCUUCGCGCUCGGCGCAACGCUGUACCAGUGCAUCACUGGUCGCGAGCCGUACCGCGGCUGCCGAGGCGUCGAGAUGAUCCACCAUGUGCGCAACGGCGGCCUGUGGGACUGGGAGGAGCGCGAGCGGCUGUCCAGAGUGGGCGAGGAGGUCGUGCCCGGCACUGCGGCUGGGUCGCCAUAUCCAUCGGCAUGGCGAGACGACAAUGCGCCGAUAGCGAUGCCCGACGCGACUCUUGUUCGCCGUGGUGGCUCGUUGCGCGUCCCAGGGCCCGGAGCGCGGCCCGCCCGGUCCGCCGCUGUGGCCCUCGACCCGCCAUUCCACGUCUCGCCACCGAACGACGACAGGCCCGAACGGCCGGGCAUCCACCGCGUCGGGUCGGCCGAGUCGAUCAAGGCGAGCGACGACCUUGCUGUAUCCGAUGCCGGCGACUCGCCCGCCGGCGCCAAGCUGUGGGCGGCGUGGAGACGGUCAGGGCAUGGCAUGACGCCGAUCGAACGGCUCUUACGAGGCGACGACGAGCCAGACCCAGCGCUCGCUGAGCCGGGCUCGCCUACGCCGAUAUCCCGCGCGAGCUCGCUCCGCUCCCCGACCGGCGCGGCGGGGGUCACGCGCUCGUCGUCGCUAGCGAGCCGGUCCAACUCGCUGCGCUCGCGCCGCUCGCCCACGUCCCUCCGCUCACCUACGAGCGCGCUCGACGCGCCCGUCGCCGUAGCCGUGGUGCCGCCACCCGACGCCGCAGCGUACGAGGACGGUGCGCCGGCCAUGUUCUUCCUCGGCUCGCCGCCGACCCGCGUGCCGGACGACGUGCGCGACGUCCUCCGCGCCAUGCUCGAUCCCGUCGCGAGCACGCGCCCCACGGCCGCCGAGGUCGUCGGUGCUUGGGACGAGCUGCGUGUCGGUGUGCCGGGGGAGUAG